CCCAAGUAGGUUAACGUAUUCUGAGAAUUAGCCGGUAGUAGAGAGUUGAAUUGAAGCAACUAAUGUGAAAUUCUUAAUUUCUUAUACAAUUCGUUGUUUCUUGUUGUUUGUUGAAUGAAUCACGAAGUGGUUGGAUUUUUACCAAGUGGCAAUGUUGCCAUAUUCGUCUUGAUUGUUGUCGUCUGCUUGUUGCAAAAGUUUCUCAUGUACUUGUUUCCUUCUUGCCACGUGAAUUCCCCUUUUCAGACUGAAACACCUUCAUCGUUAUUAUGCCAAUUGGUAUUCAAUAAAUAAAUAAGUUCGAUUACAUCGUUGGAAUUUUCGGUUCGAUGAAAAUGGAAAUUAACGGAGCAAAUUUCAGUAUGCUUUCAGAUUACCAUAGUAUAGAUGAAUUAGAUUCAGAAGCUCGGGAAGAUUUAGAAGUUGCUUUGUAUGGGAUGCUUCACCAUGCUUCAAAUGAGGAAGAAUAUUGCCUUAAUCCCACAAAUAACAUUAACAAUUCUUUAAUUACACAAGCUGCUAUAUUUGGUGAUGGUAGUAACAAUGCAAAAACUGAAUCUGUCCACAGUGAUCCAGCAAGUCCAAAUGUAGAGCAGCCAAAGGUAGCCAAUUUUAUAUCAAUUCCUCCAGUAAGUUUGCUAUCCAAUAUAGGUGAUGAGCAAACAAUCAAGCAUCUGGAAUGCAUGGAGCAAACAAAAGUGACAAACAAAAAUAAACCACAGGAUUUCUUAAGGAAUAUCAAACCUAAAGAACAAUAUGAUUUGAAAAGAAAUCCCUAUUCUCAACGCUUGAUAAUAGAAGAAAGCUGUAAAUCAAGUCAGUUGAAGAAAAAACCUUUUGAGGUUAUUACUCUUUCAGAUGAGGAAGACUCAAAAUAUGCCUCCAUCAACAAAUCUUCCAAACUGAAUGUCACCAAAAGAGGUUUAUCUUUACCAUCAGGUAUUGCCAGGGAAUUGCAAGUUGCUUCAAUCUCCUUACCUGUUGAUUCUAGUGCAUCAUCACCUGAAGACAGUGAAUCUGACAGUUCUGUUACAGUGCUUGAUCCGCUUCCAGGUCCUUCAUGUAUGUAUUUGGAUUCAUCACCAGACUCAUCACCAGAUUCAUCUGACUCUGAAAUUGAAAUCAUGAAACUACACAAAAGUGGCUAUGAUAAAGUCAAUAUUAAGUUGAACGUCAAUCAACCGAACAUUGGAAGCACUCUAGAGACUUGCAUCAAUUCUUCUAGCUCUAAUUUGAAUUGGGAAAAGUAUUCUAGUGAAAAAUGGACACCAGAGAUGAUAAAAUUCUAUGAUAGAGAUGGGUCUGAUAGAGAUUUGGAAGCAAUCUUAAAAUCUCUUCCGAAAAACGUCAACUGGCAUUUGGAUAUCGAAGAUCGUCGUGGAAGCGACUUACAGAGAAAUCGUUACUUUGGAAAGAGUGCUAAAAUGCGAUGCACUAACUGUAGUCAGUGGGAUCAUCUCACUAAGGACUGCAGAGAUCCUAGGAAAGUUAUUAGUUGUGGUAUUUGCGGAUUGCUUGGACACAAGCAAUUUGCUUGUCCAAAUAAAAUGUGUUUGGGUUGUGGCCGGCCAAGCAAAAUUCUUAUUGAGUGCUGUCCUGAAUGUCGUCGCGAGCAAAAUAUUAUUUGUAUGAUCUGUCGUUCUAAGCAUGUCACUCAGCAAUGUCCCGAUCUGUGGAGGCGCUACCAUUCAACAACCUCGAAUCAAUCUGAAGAACCAAAUAACACAGGAAACACUUUAAAACCUAGCCAUCAGUUGUUCUGCUGCAAUUGCGCAGGUCGUGGUCACCUUGUCCACGAUUGUCCCGAAAAACGCUGGAGCAAGUACUUGCCUGCCAACCCUACCAUUUUCUCUUAUAAAAACCCACGGCAAUUCCUUAAUAGCGUCACUAGUGAUGGCAAAUCUUCGAUUUCCAUUAGUGAAGAUCGCAAGGAAAUUUGGGUCGUUGGGAACAAUGUGCAAUCUCAAUCCCCUCGAAAAGGAGGACGCCAAACUUAUACCAUGCCACAUGAUCGUCAACCAAGUGAAGGUGCACUGCAAGCAGCAAGAAACACAAUCUUUCGGGAAUUGAAGCAUAUAGAAAUAUCUUGGCGGAAGCAACCAAAGAAAGGUCGGAUGGUAGUUGAGUUCUCAGGGAACGGUGACACCAAGGAAGCAAAAAAUAGAUUCAAGAAACUGAUAACCUUUAAAAAGAAGGCUGAAUCAAGGAAAAAUCCCGCAAAAGAAGAGCCGAAAUCCCAAAUUCCUAAUAAUGUACUGAAAGAGAAAAUUUUCGUUGCUCCCAAAGUUGGGCCUUGUCCUGUAUCUUUCGUUGAUAUCAACCACGUUAGCCGCGACGGCAAACACAUGCACCGCCGCAUCCGGGUCAAUCUGAAUGAGAAAGAGAAGCGUAACGCAGGAAGGUUGUUGGCAAAGUUAGAGUUCAAAAACCGUGUUCAGAUCACGUCGUGCCAAGUGGGGAACAAAUGGGAGGUUAUGGUACACAACCUCCCCAAUGGCAACGCUCUUUCUGCUGUAAACUCUAUCGUCAGUUAUUUGGACGUAGCGUCAGCCAGGCCUGGAGGCGUGUAGUCGUUGUACUCAGACAAAAUUUACUAGGAUUUGCACGAGGAAAUAUAAUCUUCAGGCCGACAAUUGAUUUUGGUUGUAAAGGGAAAUACAUUUCAUAAAAUAUUUUGGUUUUAUUCACCUAGUUCAUCUGUUAAUACAAAUCGAACAACGAA